UCAAAGAAUUCUUCAUGAUGUACACUACAUAUAUCCCCUAGUCCCUCAGGUUUCCUCAUCGUGUGAAGACAAGUCUCUAUCUAUCAAUUCUAUCCCAAAGGCCUCUCCUUUCAUUGAGCACCAAAGUUUGUUGGCUUCUAUUCUGAUUAAGGUAAGAGAAGAAGAAGAGAAUGCCGUUCGAGCCCGAUUCACCAGGGAGAGGAUGUGCAGCAAACUUCCCUCAACCUGUCAAUGAAGAAGACGAGCGUGAAGCAGAAAGAUUAGUAAGGACUGUUUGCGACGUCAAUUGUCGUAUCGCAGAUCCCCCUUUGCCUGACAUUGUGUACAGAAGCAGCAGAAGAGAGGCAGACAUACUCCGCCAUGUCUAUCGUUGGGAUUCUACCCCGUUUCAGGAGGUCUUUGAGAAUGGAUUUCAAGCAAGGCGUCAACAAGACACUUCCGACGAGGUCUACUACAAUCUAAAUGACUUCGUCCACAACAGCGGUAGGCCUCUUGAUUCCAGCAGGCCCACUAUCCAUGCCUUUGUUAGCACCACGCUUAGCAGCACUUGGCAUCCCAGCCUCGUCGCCCCUGAGACUUGGAGGGAAGUAUAUCGAUACGAGAUAUUUGCUCCCGGUGGCAUUUGGGUUGCUCAGACUCUCCGUGAUCAAUACGGUUACCCCAGCCAAGACGAGGUCUGCUUUGUUGCUGGCAUUGCCCCUCAGUACAUUCGGUCUGCCCAACUCUUCAGGCUUACGGUGCCAACCGGCUCCAGGUAUACAAUCCGGGAGAGAGUAAAUGAUUUAUUACGAGUAAAUGGAAAUUAUGAUCCACAAUCACAUCCAUCAAGGUUGCUCGACAUUAGGAGGCCAAUAUUUGAUUACGUAAAUCUAGAGAGCCAGAAUCCAGAGGAAACAAGGGCGCUUCUAAGGAUUAACAUUUACAAACCCCGUGUCGUCUCCUCCUCCUCGUCCAAGCGAGAGAAACGACAAGUGUCUGCCAACUCUGACCCCAACAUUAAUUGGUAUGCAGGCAAUGUGUCUGACUUGGCGAGCUACAUAAACGCUGCAUUCCGUUGCUCUACUUCAAAUCAAGCCUAUCUAUUCAUGAAAAAUGAGUAUGUGAAAGUGGACUACGCUCCGGGCUCGACAGAUGACACCGUGCUGAACGGACCGCUUCUCAUCCGUGAUGGGUUUCCAUCCCUCUCUGGGACAGCCUUUGCAGAACAUGAAAUAGACUCUGCUUUUGGGUCUCAUAAUAAGAAUGAAGCCUUCAUUUUCUCUGGGAAUCUCUGUGCACAAAUUAACUACGCACCAGGCACCUUAAAUGACUGGAUAAUCAAAGGCCCGACCACCAUCGCUGCGAUGUUCCCCUUCUUGAAAGAGUUCAAGUUCGAAAGCGGCAUAGACGCCGCAUUUGAGGCCACUACAAGAUAUGAAGCUUACCUCUUCAAAGACGACCAGUAUGCUCUUAUAAACUACGAUUCUGAUGCCCACGUCAUCGUCAGCGGCCUGAUCACUGAACGGUUUGCUAGCUUGAAAGACACCACCUUUAAAAGUGGAAUUCAGGCAGCGUUUGCUUCACACAAGACUGAUGAGGCGUACCUAUUCAAAGAAGAUUCUUACGCACUUAUCAACUUUAAAAAAGAUGAAAUCAUUGGCGGUGUGAAGAACAUCGUUGCUAAUUGGCCCUCUUUAAGUACCAUCUUGCCUCGCAAAAAUCAUGGUCUUGACGUUCAUAAUCACACUAAACCUGACGCUGACCGUGACCAUGAUGAAUUUUAAAAUGUCAGUCUUAUGUGACAAAGAGUGGGUGACAUGUUUCGAAUAAGCUGUUGGUUGUCUGUGUUGUAUUGUAUUCGUAUCUUAUCUGUCUGUCAGAUAUGAGUGUGUAUGAGAUAUGAGUGUGAGUGUGAGUGUGAUGGUGCAUAUUGCGAAUAUGAGUAAACAAUAUCUGUAAUAAAAAUGUCUUGUCGUCAAGCGUCAGCUGGCAGACAAGGCCCUUGUGGUCUUGGUACAACAGACUCUAGCAAUCCUAUCUAUCUUUCUGUAGCAUGUUUGUCGUAAAGCUCUCCCUUUGUCUGUAUAAGGAGCUCCCUGGUGAUGUAAUGGACAGAUCCAAGUGACUAAUAAUAUGAAGUGUGUUAUUUGUUAA